CACACACGUGUGUGUUAUUCCAGUUCAGCAGGUUUUCCAUAAGGGUGUUGUCACAGGACUCUUCUUGGGAGAUCGGGCACGCUCAUCGGAUCCAGCUGUACUGCACCUCUCCCACCACCAUCCUGAGUCGCACACCUGAACACCCACCAGACCACCUGAACACCUGAACAGCCACCACACCACCUGAACAGCACCAUGGGAGAGUGCCACCAGGCCAAGUUUGACCCAAAGACCUACUUCAACUACUGCUACCAGUUUGCUGCUGUCCCGGGCCAGAAAGACAACAGCCGCUUCGUCUCCUUCGUCCUCUGUCAGCUCAGCAAGACCUUCUCAACAGGGAAGUACAGGGGCCAGAGGCUGAUAGAGGUGGGUACAGGGCCAACCAUCCACACGCUGAUCAGUGCCUGUGAGUACUAUGAUGAGAUCGUGGUGUCGGACUACGUGGACAGCAACAGGAAGGAGAUUGAGAAGUGGCUGAAAGCCGAGGAGGGAUGUUUAGACUGGAACGCUCACCUCCAGUAUGUCUGUGAUCUGGAGAGGAAAAGAACCCCAGCGAUCAUCUCAGACACUCUCCGUCAGAGGGUUAAACAGGUUCUAAAGUGCGACAUCUGCCUGGAGAACCCGUUCCACCCUGUCACGGUUCCUCCGGCGGACUGUGUCCUCUCCUCGCUGUGCCUGGAAGCGGCGUGUAAGGACCGCGAGUCCUACCGCCGCUCGCUGUCCUCCAUGGUGGACCUACUGAGGUCUGGAGGGGUCCUGGUCCUGAUCGGGGACCUGGAUGAGACCUUCUACACGGUGGGAGAGCAGAGGUUCGACUGUGUCAACCUGAGCGAGGAGUUCAUCACCGAGACGCUGUCGAAGCUGGGACUGUCUGUGGAGGAGUUCACUCUACAGCAGGCCGAGGACCGGGACAACAACCACAAGUGUGACUACGCCGCCUCCUUCCAUCUCAUCGCCAUCAAACACUGAUCACCUCUUGUACGUUUAUGUAAGAAACUAUGUAACACUCUGUGGUUGUGUUAUGGGUUAUUACACACUAUAAAAAGAGGGGUUGGCGGGUGGUGGGACACAAUGGUUGGUCGGCCCAAUUGAGGUAGUAUGUACAUGAAUGUAUAGUUAAAGUGACUCUGCAUAUAAGAUAAACUGAGUAGCAGCAGCGUAAAAGAGGGGUUGGAGGGUGGUGAGACACAAUGCAGAUAGUCCGGGUAGCCAUUUGAUGACCUGUUCAGGAGUCUUAUGGCUUGGGGGUAAAAACUGUCUAUAUACAGUAGAGCUUGGGGGUAAUACAAGCAAGAGCAGUGUCUGGGUUUUCCUUCUUAAAUGUUAAUAAAAAAUAACAUAUGGUG